AUGCGUUAUGAGAAGACUGGGCUUAGAGUGAAUGAAUUAGAACCUCAUUGGACGGAAGGAGGUGGGGAUGGAAAAGAAAGAGCAGAGUAUGCCACUGCGCGUACCUGGCGCGAUCGACUAAGUUCUAAAUGGAGGAAAAUUCUAUGGCGGAGUCUCGUAACGUUGCAAGGCUUGCUUGACAUGCAGAGCAAUCCUUCAGGCGCGCCCAAAUUCCGGCCCCCUCGUACUGUAACUUAUAAGCAAAGUCUUGAAGAAUACUUUUUUGAUCCCCAUGGUUCUUCGUCGACCCCAGUUCGUCGACUCAAUGCGGCACCAAGAGCGGAGACAAGCCGUCAAGCCACCAGACGACUACCCAAAGAAAGCCAUAAAGAGCGUCCCAAAGCAAAAAUCCGAUGGAUGAAAGGUGAAUUGAUAGGCAGUGGAAGCCAUGGAAGGGUGUAUAUGGGAUUCAAUGCUACCACUGGAGAGGUCAUGGCCGUCAAACAGGUUGAACUACCGCAGACGGCGAGCGAUAGAAUGAAGACAGACAUGAAGACAAUCGUUGAGGCGCUCAAGGAUGAACGAGAAACGUUGCAAGAUCUCGACCAUGAUAAUAUCGUUCAAUAUCUUGGCUUUGAAGAAAACCUGGAAACUCUGAACAUAUUCUUGCAGUAUGUCUCUGGCGGAACUAUUGGCAGUUCUUUGCGCAAGUGUGGAAAGUUCAAAGAAGAAGUCACCAAAUAUUUUACUAGCCAAAUUCUGGAAGGUCUUUCGUACCUACACCUUAAGGGUAUCAUCCAUCGAGACCUGAAAUCAGACAACAUUCUCGUCGAAGAGACCGGAAUCUGCAAAAUCUCCGACUUUGGCAUUUCAAAGAAACUCCAGGAAAUUGACCGUGCUUUUUCUUCGAUGAAGGGUACUUCUUUCUGGAUGGCACCAGAAGCUAUUUCAUCAGAGGAUGGGUACACCACCAAGGUAGACAUAUGGAGUGUAGGAUGCAUCGUUAUAGAAAUGUGGACCGGAAACAGACCAUGGUUCGGUCAGGAACUUUUGCCUGUAUUGAUGAAGUUGAUAAAUGAGAAAAGCGCGCCUCCACUCCCUAAAGACUGUCAUUUAUCAGAUGCUGCGAAGAAAUUUAGGAACGAAUGCUUUCAACCUGAACCGGCAAAGCGUUCUUCGGCCUCUGCGCUCCUGAACCAUGCAUAUCUUGAACUCCCUUCAGAUUGGUCAUUCCCGGGGAUGCAGUAUCUGGGCUAUAAACCUCUCAACAAAAGUCAUGAUGAUAUCACUGAAUUUGCAGACCUUAAGGAGAAAACUUUCAUCGCAGAUCCCCGUGAACCUACGAUUCGAGCGCCGUCCCCUGUCGUACCAGUGAAUUUAGGGAAUUCACAUCCAAAUCUUUCGUCUCGCCAACCACACAAUCCCCCUGUGAUAGCUCCUCCUAGGCUCCCCAGCCCACCGAUAGUUACAAUUGAGCCUCCGGGUCCACGAAAAGAUAGAAUGCAUCGGUCGGACGACUCAAUGACACGCGCCAAACGGACUUCUACAGCGUCUGAAUCUUCAGAAAGCCAGAGAUCCAACCAAUCGUUUACCCGAAAAGCUCGCCUGGUUGUUUACAACCCAGACGAUGAUGACCCACAGGACACAUCUCGGCGGCGAAAGGAAAAACAGCGUGAAAAUAACCAACCACCACCUUUCAGAUAUGAGCCGCCACCGCUCCCACCAAUAGAAAAGACACCUUAUUCGAACAAUCUUGCACCUUUGGCUCCAAACCGAUAUCCUCCCUUUAAUAAUACGGGAAGCACAAGUAAGGCAAUCAUGCCUUCACAAAAUGAUUUGUCUGCUCCAUCAUCGUCUUCGCAAGCCUUUCCGACGGAUUUGAAUUUUGUCAAGAAUAACGAGAACGAUACGUUCAGCGACACGAACAGCACGCUCAGCACAUCUUCAACCUGGAAAAAACCUCCUGCCGAUUUGCCCAUCUCAAGAAAAAAUUCUGGUGAGAGACAAGAGCAAUACCGAACUUCACAACCACUACGUGUUAUUCCACUCUCCAGACACUCUCAGAGAAAUCUUGGCGACACAAGGCCCGGCGUCAAAGAGGUGCUUACGCAUUUGGAGAAUUUCUUCCCAUCACAUAAUUUGAACGCUGUGGUUGAAAACACCAUGGAAGAAGACACUGAUCGGGAUACUUCACACCAUAAAUACGUCAGGAAGAGUGUCAGGACGAUAGCAGAAGAACAGAUCGGGUCUCCUAUUCGACGGCGACAGACCCGGCUAUGGGACAGCCACCCGGAGGAAAUCAAGGCCCCGAGAUAA